GACCCGGCUUUGAUAGUAUCAAAGUCCGUCUUCGUGGACCUCGUGCAUUCUCACUUCUUCUCAUCGGCCAGUUGGAGUCGGGAAGAAGCGAGAGAGAAUCGCAACAUGAACAACGGAGCCCAAGAUGGAGAGAAGGGCUUGCUAUGGAAGCUUCCGGCGAUAAAGACGAAGCAAUUGGGGAAACUGGGGCCUGCCUUUGGCAUCGGUGCGGGCUGUGGUUUCGGUUUCGGCAUCGGCCUCAUCGGAGGCUUUGGUCCUGGAAUCCCCGGGUUACAGCUUGGUUUUGGACUUGGAGCUGGAUGUGGGAUUGGUUUAGGACUUGGUUAUGGCAUGGGUAGGGGUAUCGCUUAUGAUGAGAACCGAAGAUACACUAAUGUUGGGAAAUUUCUUAACAGUCCAGGACAUCUUCCUUCUCAAGACGAGAUUGGCGUGCUAUUCGACGAGCUUGUCAUAAACACCAAGAAGCUAAUCAAAGCAACUUCCAAGGAGGUUGAAAAGUGGAGAAGAUUCUGAGUUCGGUUGCAUAUGUGGCAACCUCAAAGACUUCUCUAGCACAAAUACAUGUAUUUAUGAAUUACAGAAUCUUGUUUUUAUUGCAUGUUUUUUAGCACUCAUACAGUGAAUUCGCUUGCUAAUUGCUUAAGUUUACAUUUAUAUGUUCAAUCUAGAGGACCAAACCCCUUUUUCCUUCUUUA